AUGCAAUUGGCGCUCUGGAAUCGCAUGAGGCGUCAACUCAAGUUUCGACCGAUCAUUUCGAUGCCUCGGCCGCUGCGACGAAGGCUGAUUCCCAAGCUGGGCUGCUGGAAUUGUGGUCAGAAGGGUCACCACUCGUCAAAAUGCUCGAACCCCUCUCUCAAAAAGAAACCCACCGCCCAAGCGUCCUCGACUGAAGCUCGUGCUGGGGCGGUUUCCUAUGCAACUCUUGGUAACUACUCGGAAGAUGAAGAAAAUGACGACGACAGCUACGAUGACGAUGGCUGCGACGUCGUGUGGGGCUAG